AUGGCGCCCCUGGACCUUGAUAAGUAUGUCGAAAUAGCAAGACACUGCAAAUACCUUCCAGAAAAUGAUCUAAAGAGAUUAUGUGACUAUGUAUGUGAUUUACUGCUGGAAGAAUCUAAUGUGCAGCCAGUUUCUACCCCGGUCACAGUAUGUGGGGACAUCCACGGACAGUUUUAUGACCUUUGUGAGCUCUUCAGAACCGGGGGGCAAGUUCCAGACACAAACUACAUUUUUAUGGGUGAUUUCGUAGACCGGGGAUAUUAUAGCUUGGAGACAUUUACACAUCUUCUAGCGUUAAAAGCCAAGUGGCCGGAUCGCAUCACUUUACUCAGAGGAAACCACGAAAGCAGACAAAUAACACAAGUGUAUGGAUUUUAUGAUGAGUGCCAAACAAAAUAUGGCAAUGCCAAUGCCUGGCGAUACUGCACCAAAGUGUUUGACAUGUUAACUGUUGCAGCUUUGAUAGAUGAACAGGUCUUGUGUGUUCACGGUGGUCUUUCGCCUGACAUUAAAACUUUGGACCAGAUUCGUACAAUAGAACGCAACCAAGAAAUCCCUCAUAAAGGUGCCUUCUGUGAUCUGGUGUGGUCAGAUCCUGAAGACGUGGACACCUGGGCUAUCAGUCCGCGAGGUGCAGGAUGGCUGUUUGGCUCCAAAGUUACAAAUGAGUUUGUGCACAUCAACAACUUAAAGCUAAUCUGCCGUGCACAUCAGCUUGUUCAUGAAGGUCCAGGUCUGGACGAUGCUCACUUCUUGAUCCUCAGUCAAACGCUGUCUCUGAGAUGCCCGCAAAGCAAAUUCUCCUCUCAUCGACAGAAAGCGAGCCUCUGGUGGCUUUUGCUCAGAUCCGUGAGCAUCUCCGUGGAUCUCAUUCUUUUACAUUUGGGGCUUUCUGCUGCUGAGGUUCAAAAGACAUGA